UUGCCCCUGUAAACCUCCACAGCCCCCCUCGCCCCGCAUGGAAUCCGACGGCGAGCAUUCGCCGCCGCACGCCUGCGGCGCUGGCCACCGCGCGUCGCACUCUCUCCCGACCUCGGCGGGCGGCAGCGUCUGCGUCUCCUGCGCCGCGGCCCUCCUCUUCUCCGCCUCCGCGCCGUCCCACCACGUCUCCCACGUGCUCGCCAGCCUCUCCCUCGCCCUAGCUGACCCGACCUUCCUCGCGCCUCUCCGCGCCGCCCACCCGCGCCUCCUUGCGGUGCCACUAGUCGAGGCCCUCGCGGGCGCGGCCGCCCGCCGAGACGUCGCACUCGCCACCCAGGCGUCCGACCUCGCUGCCGACCUCGCGUCCGCCGUGGGCCCCCCGGCCGCCUCCGACCUCGUCGCGCGCCUCGCCCACGUCCUCUCCUUGGGUUCCCUCGUCAAGCACUUCCACACGCUACACUGUUUGGGCUUUUUGUUAAACUCCAUCAAAGGUGCUGCAUCAUACAUUGGAGAUGCACUUCCUCUUUUCUUAAAUCUUGUUAACAAUCUCCGACUACCAAGUGAUGAGAUUCGUGGAGAGAUAAUGUUCAUGCUGUACAAACUCUCCCUGCUAAACGCUACCCCGUGGGACAAUAUAUGUGAUAAUGAUAAUGUGGACCUUUCAGCAGUUGGAAAAAGUUUGCUUCAACUCUCGCUUGAAGUUCUACUUAAAACUCAAAAUGAUGCUGUUCGCUUGAACUGUAUUGCAUUGCUCCUUACGCUAGCAAAGAAGGAGGCCUUUGAUAUUUUGCUGCUUGGCGACCUGAGUUUAAUCAAGUCUGUAGAGGAAGAAGAGUCCACACAGACAGAUGAUACGCCCCUGAAUGCUUCUAUCAUAGUUCUAUUUGCUGAUGCUGUCAAAGGAUCUCUGCUCUCUACGAAUCUAGAAGUGCAAACUGGGACAUUGGAUUUAAUCUUUCAUUUCCUGUCAUCUGAUGCAAAUAUGUGUGUUGUACUUCAAACUUUGAUAGAUGAAAAUGUUGCUGAUUAUGUAUUCGAGGUUCUGAGGUUAUCAGGUGCGAGGAAUGACCUUUUUCUUCAUCAACUUCUGCAUGGUUUUCCUUUUUUCGUGAUGGUUAAUCAAGUCGAUCUGUUUACAUCUUCAGGAAAUAAUGAACCACUGGUAAUUUCCUCUAUUCAAGUACUAUCACUUUUAGCGACUUCAGAGGAGAUGUUCAAAGAAAAGCUUGCCAUUGGAUUUUCUACUCUGCUUCCUGUUCUUCAUCAUGUUACUGAGAUUCCAUUUCAUCCAGUCCAGUCUCAAGUUUUACGACUUGUUUGGAUUUGUAUUGUUAAUUGUUCUGGUAUUCUGUCAUUGUCCCAAGAAGAACAGAUAGCAUGUACUUUGACUCUAAUUUUGAGAAGAAAUGACAAUGGUGAACUUGGAAUGUGUUCUGAAACCUUUGCUCUUGUUUGCUCAAUAUUAAUAGAGAUUAUGAGGUCACCAUCCGCUCAUGAUAUUCAGAAACUGCCUUCAUUAAUUGAAGAAGCAUCAAAACAUGCUAUCUCUUCGACAUUACCUCCUGCGUAUGACUGUGCGUCUCUCGUACCACAUUCCCUUCGCCUUCUUAAAGAAGCACUUAUAUUCUGCCUUGAAGGGAAUGCAAAUAAGGAAGUCAAGAAGGAUCUUGAAGAUAGCAUCAUUGAAAUUUGUGGAACUUAUUUACUGCAUUGGCUUGACAGUUCUGUUGUUGAUGGUAAUGAUGACGAAACAUUGGGAGAAAUCCUUCAGAUCUUCCAUAUUAUUCUAUCAAGCACAUCUCACAAUAAGCAACUCAAGUUUGCUGAGAUGCUGGCAUCAUCCUCAUGGUUUAGCUUAUCAUUUGGAUUCAUGGGCUUAUUUCCUACUGACCAUGUCAAAUCACUAGUAUAUUUGGUCACUAGUUCAAUUGUUGAUAAAAUCUUGGGAUGUAAAUAUGGGGAAACAAUUAGAGAUGCAUACGUAUAUCUGCCAUCAGACCCUACAGAAUUUGCGUAUUUACUUGGGCAAUGUAGCUCGGAAGAUUUCAACUUGGCAUCAUGUCAAUGCUCUAUUCUAGUUAUACUUUAUGCCUGUUCAUUCUACAAUGAAAGGCUUGUUGCUGACAGCCAACUUCUGUCUUCAGUUGAGCAAUACAUCCUUCUAAAUGGUGGGAAGUUCCCCUAUGAAAUUGCUGGUUCUGUGAUGCUUACUCUGCUGGUCCAUCUUUAUGCCUUUGUCAGAGGCAUUUCAUUUGGCUGCACCAUUCAACAUAGUCCAGAAGCUGAGAAAACUCUGUUCCAUGUAAUGGCAUCUAAGGAGUGGGACUUGCUUUUUAUCCGAGUCCACCCAAUAGCACUAAAAUGGCUCUUCCAGAAGGUAGAACUUCUAGAACCACUAUCUUUCCAGAUGCUAAAUUUCUGCAGAACUUUCUGUGAAGACAAAACCGUCGUGCUUUCAAACAGCAGUCAGUUGGUGGACAUAAAGAUGGUUGCAGAACUGGUAUUUUCGGGAGAGACAAGGCUCUCUUCUUUGCUUGUAUCCUUACUGAAUCAAAUUAUAAAUCAUGGUACAGAAGAUGAGGUCUUCUCAGUGGUUAAUGUGAUUGCUGAAAUCCUAGUGAUCUCUCCUUGUUCUUCUAGUCAUUUUACAUCAUCUGGUGUUAUAGAUGCAGUUGGCAGUAUAUAUUGCUCCCCAUAUUCUUCAAGGAUUAAAACAGUGUGUUCCCUUUUGAUUUUUAACAUUUUAUACUCGGCAAGUGCGAUGACAGUCUACUGGCUAGAUGAAUGGCUUGCUCUUACCAUGAAGUUAUUGGAGUAUUUCAAUUCUAGUCUUGAUUAUACAUCAAGUGACCAAGAACAGAAGAUAUUGAUUGGGAUAUUUUGCCUUAUUUUGCAUCAUUCGGCAAGCAAGGUGCUUAUUGAGCCUGCGAAAGCCAUAAUCUUGAACAAACCACUGGUUUCUUUGACAGAUGGUAUAAUACAGGAAGCUUGUGCAAAGGGCCCAUCUUUACUUCAAUACAAUCAGGAAACAGACUUUGGGGGAUUCAUGAUUUUGAUUCUUCAAUUGGUGUUUUUCUCUCUAAGAAGUUUGCAUGCUAUCCUAGAUCCAAGUAUUGACUGGCAGGAAUUCCUCCAGCAUUCAGAUAAUACCCAGUUUUUCUCUGUUGUUGGCAUCCCGUGCCAUGAUUUGUGCCGUCUCAUGCACUUCGGUCCAUAUCCUAUUAAGCUUAUUGCUUCACAAUGCCUGUUGGAGUUGCUUACCAGAGUUUCAGAUCAGAGGAGCUAUCUUAAUGCUGAAUUAAGAUGCUCUGCGCAAUACAUGAAGUCCAUUAUUGCUGUGAUAGAGGGUUUAGUCUUGAGUCAAGACAGUAGAGUUGCUGAAAAUUGCGGGUCCUGUCUCUCAAUGAUUUUAGGUUGGGAGAAAUUCGGAAGCCAGGAGAAUAUGGUGGGCAGAGAAUCAAAAUGGUCCAGGCUAAUAACGGAGGAACUUGCAGUUGCCUUGACUGCUCCUGGUUUGACGUCAAAAUCAUUCAGUAAUCAGCAGAAGAUUGCAUCAAAUAUAGCUGUUUCAUUGCUCAAACUAAGCCAAGUUCCAGAAUGGCUGACAUCAUUGUUUGAUAGUUCUUUGAUAUCUGGUGUAGUUGGUAAUCUUUCUGCUAGGAAUGUCACUGCAGAUAUUGUUAAGCUAUUCAGUGAGCUUAUGGCUAAGAAAUAUCUCACGCAAGAGCACAUUAUCUCUCUGCAUAAUUUGUUCCAGGUCUGCAGAAGACAGGUCUACGAGGGGAGUUCUUUGAAGUCGGAAUUGUCGGAGCAAAAGGCAGAAGAAACGGUGGCAAGGAGCCCCGACGAAGUGUGUGCAUUGCUCUUUGGCAUCAUGCUGAAUCAGCGUACAGCCUGCACGUUGCAGAUGGAGCAGCAGAAUCUUCUGCGUGAGAUCGAUCUAUUCUUCCAGGAGUCGAGCCAAGGAGAGUAGCAUUAAGACCAGCGAACUUGUUCAGCUGUACCGAUCUUUUCCUACUAUGUAUAGUAUAGCCUCUGGAUGGUGUGCUCAUGUCCUCUGAUCCCUGAGAAUUUUUGUAACUGCUUAUAUGAGAGUGGUGGUAUGCAACCUGUGAAAAUUGGUCAUGGAUCCAUCCUUGCAAUCUGCUGGAUGGCAGUUCCAGCGACAACGAGCAAGGAACACGGUUGAGAUAUAGAAUGGUGUUAAGGCUGAUGCUCGGACGAGGAAACUGAUAUUUGCUAUGGUUAAUUGAUGGUGCCAGAGGGCGCGGUGCGCACUCAGAUUUCGUGCCAAUCGCUUGUACAGCGAGUGUGAAGCAUGCAAAUCUAAACGAAAGAAUAUGCCAGUUUUUUU